UACUCCAUCUUUCAACACCCCCCCAGCUGUCUAAUUACGACUUUCUAAAUCAUCCUUGCCAACAUCGAAUGUUCACAACUUCGCCUCUCAGGCUUUCUGUCCAGUCAUAGGGCCAUAUCUAUCCAGGAUAUCAGCCAUCCGCGAGGUCCGCUUGGCUCCCCUCCAGCAGCGCGUGAAGCUGUACAUUUACCAUGUCAGCCUCACAGAGUCGGCCUUAAUGUCUUGAUUCGUUGCAACGAACGUCCAAUUGACUAAAAAUCGCAAACACAAUAACCGGUCAAGCCAUGAUGGCCUCGGCCGACACGACACUUGUCGAUCGCGGCAAAGGCAAGGUCGCUAAACGUUCUUCCAAUUCUUACACCAGUGAAGAGUGGCGGCGACAUCGCCCCUUGAUCACCCGACUUUAUUUCGAGGAAGGCCGGACUUUGAAGGAUGUGGCCGAACAUCUCAAGAAGGAAUUCGAUUUUGCUCCCACCGAGCGUAUGUAUAAAAGUCGACUUCACACAUGGGGUCUCGACAAGAAGAAGAAAGAACACGAAAUGCUCGACCUCGUCCGUCAAGGCUUACAGCAGAAGGGGGAGGACAAGGAUAAAGUGUUUCUGGUCCGGGGACGACAGGUCACUCUUGCUGACGCCCUUCACUAUUUCAACCGUAAAGGCAUCAAGGACCCUUCGAGUUUACUGGAGUCUCAAGCAGAGAAUUCGGGCGAUUUGUCAUCGCCGGACGAUGGAGACGCGAAAACACCGUUAUCAUCAACUGAGGACAUGCUCGACGCGACUCAGGACAUCUCAGUUUAUGAGCUGACCAGGAGCCCUCUCGAGAUGGAUGGGCACAGCAAAUCGACUCCUUCCUUGAGCCUAGAAACAGCCAAUAUAGCCGAAAUUCAACUUCUCGCCUUACAACAGGCAUUAGAUAUAUCCCAUCUCCCACCGAUGCCUCCUUUCCGAACACUCGCCAUCGAAUCCACCGUGGUUCAGCCCGACGUAUCUCCAGCGGAUCUGCGCUACCUCGAUGCCAUCUUUCAAAACAUGCAAACUCAUUAUAUGAGUUUAUUCGAUACCAGAAAUUUGUCCAUUCGCAACACCACAGGCUCAUGGACCGCCACUUCAGACGAUGCCGUUGCCGACCGCUUCUACUACUCAAUGUAUCAUGGAUACUCAUAUUUAUGGAAUGGACAGAGAGACCGAGCUUUUGAUAAUUUCUACAAGGCAUUUGCUCUAAUCGAGGGCUUAUUGAAAGAUGACCACGUCGGCUUUAUGAUAUACAUUUUCGACCUGAUUAUCCGGCAUGACGGCACCGGCUAUGAGGAACCGUUACUCAUGCUGUUACAACACCUUGCAGAAAUGUCCAAGGCUGUGUUCCAAUCCGAGGAGCAUCCCGUAUUCCUCGUUGCCAACUACCUGCGUAAUUCCAACGGGAUCUCAAGAGCAUGGCUCGCCGAAUCAACACUACGCCGAUUGCUCGACUUCUUUCAGGACAGUAUAGGCUAUUUCCAUCCCGAGACGAUCGCCCUACUCCAGACGUUUGCUACCGGGCUUAUGAAUCGAAAGAGGUUUGCAGAAGCGGCUGUCAGAUUUCAGCAAGUGGUUGACGCAUUCGAGACCACCAUGAGUAAACAGUGUUACGAGGUGUGUUAUGCCUUGCGUUCCACGUCAGAGGCAUAUUUCCACAUGGAGCAGUACGAAAAAUCACUUCAGGCGCUGAAAGCAGCUCUUGACAGAGCAGAGACUCUGCCGAGGCCGGAGGAACGAGAGAUUUAUGUCCGAUGCCUACGCGGACUGGCCGAGAUCUUCAAUAAAUUGGGACGAAAAGACGAAGCAAACCAAACAAUGCAGCAUGUCGUCGACAUAUGUCGGGACGCUUUUGGUCCCGAGCACCCUUUCAGCAACCGAGCCAGGAUGCACCAAAAGUCGAUAUUGAAGGGUAAUACCACAAGUGAUGCAGCAAUUCCACCUAUGGUCUAUAGGUUGGGCCGUGGAGGCAGUGCUGCCAAAUACAUUUGGACUUCAAGGUCAAGUCCAACUCGACUGCAGGCUUGAAUUCGGUUACAGCAAUACCCUUCCGACAAUUAUUCUCAGCUGCAACAGGAGUCAGUGAGGAGUAUCUUCGGUCCGAAGAAACUUCUGUCACAUGAGUUUGUCGACACGAUGCUGGUGCUACC